GAUAUUAAUGGACUUUUAUGCGCCCAAGUAAAAACAGAGCAGUAUCAGGUACGAGGUACCCGAGUCAAGCCAUAUUGGACCCAUGCCAUCCAUGGAGGUAGAGAUAUACGUCGGAGGCAAAGCUCUGAUGGUACGCGAGCAAUCGAAAAGCCUUCACUGCCUUUGCCUUGGAGGUCACGGCCAACUUAUCCAGUGCAACGAUUACCUCAAGCAAUUCAGGGAUUUCCUCUACAUCCAGUCCAGAAUCAGCAAGCGUUCCAAGUCAAUGGGGCAGUUGAACGUGAGCAUCAACAACAUCGGCCUGGAAUGCAAAAACGAACACAUGGCGUGAAAAGCUUGGUGGGAUUUUCUCAUUGA